AUGUCAACCUCUUCUUCUUUUUCAUUCCCUGUUGAAGGCUUACAACCCAAAGAUGAAAUUCAAGCCACUGCAUUUCUUCAAAGAUUUCCAAAUUAUGAUGGGCGUGGAGUGAUCGUUGCAAUAUUUGAUACAGGAGUCGAUGUUGGAGCUCCUGGGUUGAAGGGAAAAACAACAGAUGGAUCCUACAAAAUUGUGGAUGCUGUCGAUUGUACUGGUAGCGGAGAUGUUUCUUGUAAAACGAUCGUGAAAGCAGAUGAAAACGGAAUGAUCACUGGAAAAUCAGGUAGAAAAUUAAAGAUUGAUGAAACUUGGAAAGAAAUGAAUCCUUCUAAUCAAUACCGGAUUGGUAUCAAGAAUGUAUUUGAUAUUUACCCUCAACCAUUGGUAGAUAGAGUUAAAGAAGAACGAAAGAAACAAUUCCAAAAGAAACAGACUGAGAAAAUUGUGGAAUUGAAAGAAAAAGCAAAUUCUUUGAGAAACUCAUCGAAUGAAGAAUCUGUUAAAAAACAAGCUUCUGAAAUUGACAAGCAGAUUGCUGCACUCGAAGAACUUUUGUCUAAAAUGUACGAAGAUACUGGUCCUGUUUUGGAUUGCGUUGUGUUUUUGGAUGAAAAAACUUCUGUUUGGAGAGCAGUCGUUGUUUCAGAGUCGUAUGAUCCGAAUGUUAAUAUAUUUGAGCCUGUCGACGAGGAUCAGGUCAUUGAUUUAAGCAAAGAAAAACUUCUUUGUGACUUUAAAUUGGAACAUCAAUAUGGAACCUUUACAGAGCUGGAUCUUUUAAAUUAUUCUGUGAAUAUUUACGAUAAUGGAGAUAUUUUAUCCAUUGUUGCUCCCUCUGGAUCUCAUGGUACACAUGUGGCUGGAAUUGUUGCUGCUUAUUUUCCAGAUCAGCCCGAGCUUAAUGGUGUUGCUCCUGGAGCUCAAAUAAUUACAUGUAAAAUCGGUGAUUCUAGGCUUGGAACGAUGGAGACAACUCUUUCUCUCAAUAGGGCCUUAAUUUCCUGCUAUUUGAACAAGUGUUCUAUCAUUAACAUGAGCUAUGGAGAGCCGACAUCUCUUGUAAAUUCCGGAUUCUUUAAAGAAAAAGUGGAUGAGUUGGUCUACGAACAUAACGUCACUUUUGUGAAAAGUGCAGGUAAUAGUGGUCCAAAUUUCACAACAACGGGAGCCCCAUUGCAAGAUGCUUGUAUCGGUGUAGGUGCGUAUGUAACCAGUUCCAUGAUGAAAUCCCAAUAUGGAUUGUCAGAGUUGGUUCCUGAUUCACAAUUUACAUGGUCCUCAAGAGGUCCAACAGAUGACGGUGCCUUUUGUCCUUGGAUUUCUGCUCCUGGUGCUGCUGUUACUUCAGUACCUAAUUACACGCUUCUUAAAAAUCAAAGAAUGAAUGGAACAUCUAUGGCAAGCCCAAACGCUGCAGGAGGACUUGCAUUGUUGUACAGCGGCCUUUUAGCUGAAAAAAAACAAUGGAACCCAUACUAUAUCAAACGUGUGAUUGCAAACACUGCAAAAAUUAACGUUGAAAAUAAGAGCGAGCACGAACAUUCACAGCACCCUUGCUCCAUUGGACAUGGCUUGUUACAAAUUCUUUCAUCGUAUGAGUUGAUUGACAAACAUCCGUAUAAUCCAGAAACAGACAACUAUCGAUAUGAAAUCACCAUUCCUCAAAGAAACAAUGCCAGAGGAAUUUAUCUCCGUGAACAACUUGAGACACACACUGCACAAAGAUACACAGUCAACAUUGAUUUGAAAUAUGCCAACAAGACAAAAAACUCUCACAAAAUAGAAUAUGAAAAACGACUUAAAUUGGUACCAGUUAUUUAUCAAGGGACAGGAAAUACCAUUUUCACAGACGAGCCAAUUUCUCAAAAAGUCCCAAAUUUCAUUCGUUCACCUGAAUAUUUACACUUGCCAGGAUGCUUUACUUUCGAUGUCCAGAUUGCUACUGAGAUGCUUGCUUCUGGAGAAAUUUAUUCUGCUCGACUGGAUGCCUACGACUGUGAUCAAUUAUCAUUUGGUCCUGUUUUUUCUGUACCCAUUACUGUGAUCAAACCUGUUAAACUUUCACAUGAAUACGAUCGUACCACAUUUGCAGAUAUUAGAAUGAAACCAGGAGAAUUGUACAGAAAUUAUAUAACCACUCCAUCAAGUUCUGUUCAGUACUGUAAAAUUACCUUGAGAGCAAUGGAAGCGAAUAUCCAAAAGAUGUUUGUACUUCAUGCGACUCAACUCAUUGACAAAGAGGCCUAUUCUUUGCAUGACACCAGGAAGUUUAUUAACCUUUCAAAAUCCGAUGUGAGCUCACACUUUAUCAAAACACUUCCAAAUCGAACCUUGGAAUUGACAGUUGGUCAAUUUUGGAGCACCCCAGGAGAAUCAACAUUAACAGUAGAAGUUGAAUUUUUCGGAUUUGAUACCAAUAGCGCGUCGAACGAAGGAGUAUUUUUCGAUGGAGCUGAAUUUGUUAAAAAGAUUCAAAUUAAUCCGUCGUUGCGUAACAUGGAAAUGCAAAUGAGUGCAAAGCUUGACACUUGGAAUGAAGUGUUGACUCCUGUUAACAGUGAAGAUGACAAGUUGAUUCAAAUCCAAAAUGAUGAAAGAAAUACCUAUUUCGACACUGGAAAAUGUAGCUACAACAUGAUUCUUGAAUAUAAUCUUAAAAUGACAUCUGAGCACGAAAUCACUCCAAACUUACCUCAACUUUCAAACUAUCUCUAUGAGUCAGAAUUGGAAUCAAGAAUGAUCAUGGUCUUUAACAAGAAUAAGAAACUGAUGAAUGUGGUCGAUUUCCAUCCUAAAAAGUUCAAGCUCAAAAAGGGAGACUAUGUCCUUCGAGUUCUGCUUCGUCACGACUCGUUACCACUUUUGCAGAAAUUUAAAAACCAUCCCUUAAUCAUUUCACACGCUUUGGCCAAACCUAUUUCUUUGAAAUUCUACAAGAAUGUGAAUGGGGCUCUCUCAGAUUCGAACAAACAAGAUGAAAAAUUCAAAAUGCUCCAUGGAAGAAGCAAUGCCUUUGUAUUGGGCUACACUGGAGUCGACAUGAAAGAUCUUCCUAAAGAAGUGAAAGCUGGCGAUCGACUCACUGGUAAAUUUCAAUAUCAAAGUUGUGAGACAGCCUUUUUACCAUUGACCUUUGUCGUUCCACCUUCCUGUGUGAAUUCAGAAAAAUCCUCAUCAACAACAAGUUCUGAGAAUAAGGCCGACAAGAGAACACCCGAAGACAAGUACAAGGAUUAUAUAUUGGAACAGCAAUUAUCCUAUUUGAAAAAGUUGAAAGCAGAGGCAUUGCCUUUUGUGGACAAGAUGAUUGAGGAACAUCCAAAACAUUUACCUGCACUGUUAUUGAAAUUAGAAAUUUUGAAAGAGCAAUACAAGUCACAAAAAGAUGAAACAAGUACACUUUACAAGAAUAUUUGUGAAUUAAUGGACUCUGUCUUCCAGGUGAUUGAUCUUACUGCACUCGCUCUUCAUUAUGGAACUCUACCUAAAAACAAGACAAAGAAUGAACAUGAAGAAUCUGAACAGGAAGCUAUGGAAUAUCAAUUGAAAUCCAAGGAAAUGGACAAGCAGAAAGAUGCUUUGAUAUCGUGUUGGCAGCUCAAAUUAGAGAUUUUAUUGGACCUCAACAAUAGAUUGGAGAUUACAGAUAGAGAGAAACAAAUCAAAGAGGUCAUGCAUUCACUCCGACAAUGGAUUGACCCUACCGAGAAAUGCUUACUGUUGGACAUUCAAUAUGAUUUAUACUUUAAACAGUACUCGGUGGCGUUACAAAAAGUGAUGAAGGCAUUAACUGGAGAUGCUACCCACGAGAAUGAGUCCAAGCUAUUUGACAUUCUUAUAUCAGUAACAAAGGAUCUUGGUUUUUCUCAUUGGCACUCCUUAUUAUCCAAGGUUAAGAAAUCAAAAUAUCCUGACGAAUAUCCCUUAUUUUAA